CGCGAACACCACACGAGGUAAAGAAAAAGGAAAGUUGACGCGAUCCGCUAACAUAACCCUGACGCUGCUUGCAAGUCGCCAAGGUACCGUAACCCGAAUCUGAUCUCUGCUUCAAUCCAAUUGCACCAUCCAGACCAAAGAAAAAGCAACGAAUACGGACGACAGCAAACUGCUUCAACCACGUCUUUUCUUUUUUGUAACCCAAUCAAUCUGUUUGUACCAAGCUGCUAUCGACACCCUCCAAGAGCCAGACUGUCCUCGACAUCUCGACCGGCGAUGCGCUCACUCUGCGCUCAGGACGACGAACCGGAAUGAAUGCCAUCGGCGCUUGUUAGCGACUGUUGGAUGACUGCCGUACCUCGAUCGAUGUAACAAUAACAACCUGUCGACUAACAGUAACCAACGAGCCGUUUGAACUUUGACAACAUGAAGCGCCGUUCGCACCUUGUCCACGGCUGGCUUACCGAAGCCUUUCCCGACGAGCCUGUCUACUCCGAAGCCCUCCACACGUCCGAAGACGUCUUAUACUCCGGUUCCGAAGAUGAAGCCUACAAUUCCCCGACCGAGCGACGAGAGCGAUACGAGGACAAGGGCCAGCGCUUUCUCCAGGGAAAGCCACUCAUGCUGCUAUCUGCGUCACUGAGAGGUCCCUUUACCAAGGAGAGCGGCUGGUCAAACCCAUGGCGAUCAAAUACUAGUAGAAAAAGUCAGGCUGUUCAGUCUACUCCAGCUUGCGUCCAAGAGGAAUCGGUCAUCAUAGCAGCGACACCAACGAUUUUAGAAUCAUACGUCCACGAUGCAGCCAGUCCGAGGCCCAAUACUCCCGCUACAUCCCACCGAUAUCUAGACGACGAAAUCCUGCACGAGAUCAAGACAUGGCAAGACACGGUCGCAAAUCAAUCAAGACUGGAGGACCCGUUUGAUGAGAACACCUACGAGCCGAGCUCACCCGAUACUUUGAAAAGCCUACAAGUCGAGAUUACACCUAGAACGCAUGGGUCCCGGUCCAUCAUCGUGUCUUCGUCUAUCGUCGCAGACGAGAUUGUUGAGGAUGAUCCACUGGAGCAUAGCCACGAGGACAAUGUUGAGCAGCAUCAAGAGGUCAACCUAGAAUACGACGCAGAGGAGGAAGCAGGGUUCAUCAGCGUCGACGAAGAGGACGAUUCAUCCCUCACCGAUCUGGAUGAAGAGCAAAUUGAAGAGCUAAGCGAGGAGCAGGAAGUGGAGGAUGACGAAGAGGGUGAUGGCGAGGAUGAUAACACUGGAGAGGACUUGGGAGACAAAAACCAAGAACAAAGCAACGAGAACCAACAGGCAUCAGAAAUCCUCCCUGCUCAGGCCACAUCAGACUACGACAGCCCUACAAAACGCCCGGUAACAGCACAACCUCUUCUCCAGUCCCAUGGCAAACUAGACCUUCGACCUAGGCAAGAAUUGGGGUUUAUUCCUGUCGAUACCAUCGACUUGUCACCCGCUGCCGUCAAGAUAUAUGAACAAUCGCUCCGGGGAAGUACCUGUUACAGCCCCUCUUGGCGGGCGCAAGAGAAGAGGAAACAGGGCAAUCUUCUACCGGGACUUGUUGGUGCGACUCUACCGGGCGACAAUGGCCCCCAGAGCCCCUCAAGUCGGUUAGGCCGCAGCUUGCAUGCGCCGACCUCUGACUCUACCUCGCAUUACCAAAGAAGGGCAAAUGAAAAUGGAUCGGUCACCCUCGAGCAUCAAACAAUCGAACCCGAGCACAUGUUGGUAGACAAUCAGCCGUCCGAGCCUGAUGAGACAAAGAAAUCCACCAACGAGCCGUCUGAUGUGCCAGAACAUCACCAACAGAUCACCGUGGCACAGCCAGAAAUCCCUCAGCCCGUUACUUCCGCGACCGACCUCCCUCAACCAAAUGCUGCUGUCACCCACACUGCUCCUGAGAUGACCGAAGGAGAACAAAAGAGUCAUACUACCGACCCAACAUCGCCCUCGUCAUCCGAGAUAUCGAGUCCUGCUACGUCUUUCGAGGAAGAAGAGGAGGAGCCGAUCGAAGAGCCCGUUGAAAACGUGAGGAAACUUCUCUGGCCCAAAUCCCAACGACAAGCGAGUACCCAAGAAUCAACGUCCGAUAUGGCUCUUGGUAUAGCGUCAGCAACGGCGGGGCGUUCGCAAAACGGAUCUGUCUCCGAAUCAGUAGAAGAUCAUGGAGGACAAGGAAGUCUAGAAUACUUCACAAUCAAUCAGCACCCCGAAAAUGACAGAGAGCCAACAAAGGUCGCGCACAAUGUUCUUAAUUCGCAAUCACCCAGUCGCUUAUUACAAUCACAACCACAUUCGGUACCGGAGGCUACAGUAUCCGAAGAGAGCAUCUACGAUGACACGAUCAAUCAAGUGCGGCUCGAAUGGCCAACUGAGGCUAGCAGCCUCCCUCGCCCAUCUCAAGUCCAGACCCAGAACUCAUUACCCCUGGCGAGCAUAGAAGAACCCUCGAUAACGGAACGUGACACACCAGCGCAGCACAAUACACCUGAACAAUCAAAGAGAAGUGUCAACGUCAUGGACCUUCGGCAUAUAACAAAUCCGACUUCCCGCAACGCAACACCCCUUCGUCCAUCUCCUGGUUUACAGAAACCCUUUACGAAACCCCUAAAGAUACCGGUCCUCGUACAACCACGCUCAUCCACUACUCCUGAGGCGCCAGUGAACCCGGAGCCAAACCGGACACAACUCUCAGUCAUCGCCAGCCAAGCCCUCGCUCAAGCCUUCCAACCAGUCAUCCAACAAAGCCCUUGGGCAAAGGGCGACUCGCAAAUAACGGCCCUCGCUGCUCCAGCACCGGAACCUCGAUUCUUCAACCCUGUCUCAUCACCACUAUCCUCUCCCGCCUCCAGCUCUUGCUUCGUGGACAUGGAGGAUUCCGUCCUACCAGUAUUGUCAAAUCCUCCUGUUCCUGGUAACAACGCUCAGACAGAGGUGGCAGAGAUACCCAUGGCCCAAGUCCAAACACCUCAACUUCAACCUCCCCAUCCGCCUUCCACCCCAGAAACCAAGCGAUCGAGUCUCCCUACUCCAGAGUUCACGAUGUCUAUCAAGUCCUUCAAACACUUUAUGACACCAUCGCCAAAGAGGCCGGCAAAACGUCCGCGGUUGUCACUAGGAGACGGUCGUUUACCAGACACUCAAGCUUUGGAGGAAGCGGUGGUUACGAACCCGUGGGAUUCCAGUCGUGUUGAGGCCACCAUGCCCGAAACUGCAAUGCCGUCAGCUCCUAGCAGGAAGAACAAACGUGUAUCGUGGGCUCCGCUGCCGGGAGAAGCUGAAUACGUGGACCCUGAGAUACCAAUGGACAUGGAUGUGGAUAUGGAGGAUCCUGUCCAACUCUCCUCGGUUAACAGGAUGAAGAAUUACCCACAGCGGAGAUCUAUCCUCUCUACGUCAGCGUCAAUAUCCAACUACAGAGGCAUACCAGGACGAGCAGCAUCCCCGCCACCGAGCAUAUAUGUGCCAAGUAUCGACUCGUUACCAAAGGAAAGCCAGAAGUUCGGGAAGCACUUUGCUGCUGUUUCUGGUCGCAGACGACUUGCGCCUAGGCCUGUGACUGCUACACCUGCUGCUGCUGCCGGGUAUAGGGAUGAUGGGAGGGAGAGCCCAAUGCUUCGAGAUGUUAGUGGCAAUGCUCGAAGCACGGGGACCUCCCGACUAGCUAAACGUCUCCUACCAAGCGAAUCGCAGCAAACGUGUGGUAGCCCGGCUGUGGAUGGUAUGGCCAACGCUUUUGUUCAGGCCGAUCGGCAGGUUGAGAAUGUCAACUUCAACGGUCGGCAGCAGGGAGUGCAGGAUGGAACCUUCUCAGCAGCUCCUUUGACUAGCAACAGGGGAAUUUGGCAAGAUUCGACGACAGACCGGACAGGCCCCCCAGUACCAGAACAACAGCAGAAAACCGAUGACGGUUUCCGCCUCCCCAAGCUCCCGGGCUUUGACUCCCAACCUCCUAUCGAAGAAACGGACGAAGUUAGUGAGGUCAUGGAUAACCUGGAUGACUUUAUUGAUAGUUGGGAUAUCGAUGAUGAGCUGGCGCAGGCGAGGGGUGAGAAGGGCAAGAAGAGGGCACAAUCCUCGACACUUGGUCAGGGGCUCAGUUCUGGACUUGGAAGUGGGCGGAAUCUUUGGGACUCGCCCAGUUCUGGGACACACAGUACGCUAAAGCGGAAACGCACUGGUGAUGACGAGGAAGAGGGGAAUGGGAUGGUAGAGAGCCAGGAAGGCAGAGGGGGUCGAGGUGAAGGAGGCGGGGUAUAUGACCCAGGCGUUUGGGACCGGAUUGUUUAGUCGCCAAUCCGCUGGGAAUAGCAUAAAGAGACAACCAGCAUGGCGGACGGAAUCAUUGUGUGGUGUUCAAGGGACAACCUUCUCAUAAUGAUGGUUAUCAAGCGUUGGCUUCCACUUUGCAUGGGAUACGGUACGGUACGGAACAUGGGGCAUUUUUGGUUAGGCUGGAUAGAGCAUGGAAGGGAAAUGCCUUACAGGAAAAGACUAUAGUAUAUAUGCUAAUCGACUAUUCAAAACUCGCUCGUACCUCUCUCCGUUAUAAUCGUU